GAUGUAACAAGUAUUGACAUAUUUCGCUCACGGCGCGCCUGCUAAAUAUUUCUAACUAUACACCGAGCCUCGAGUGGCUCCGGAGAAAUAUAUUUCUUCCCGUGGCGGACAGCGACAGCGGUGGUUGUUGAUACGCGGAGCAAAUAAGAUUGACUUCCGACUGAUGACCCCUUUCUCAAACUGUAAUGACAUGAGCGCUCCAGCAGGAAGCUCAAAUCAUUUUGUUUAGAAACAUUGCAGCGCGUCCGCCAAGAUUUCUGUCUGUCCGUCUGCGAGGAAUAAUGGGGCGUUUUUGAACCAGCCUUUAACGCAGAUACUGUAGCGCUUGAUUCGAUGUUUUAGUGUGUCGCGUCCGUCCAUUUGGACGCAUCAUAAGUAAGCAAAUCGCUGUUCUGAGGCCAAAUGGAAAGCUGCACCAUGGCAGCAAAAGAGGACCUAUAUGCCAAAGUCGCACCACGGAUGCAGCGGCAGAACCGGACAGGAACUGUCAAACAUGGAAACAGUCUGGAUGUUUUAUUGUCCAUGGGUUUUCCUAAAACCAGGGCGCUAAAAGCUCUGGUUUCGACUGGGGGCAGAAAUGUCCAAGCAGCCUGUGACUGGUUGUUUUCCCAUGUGGAUGACCCGUUCCUGGAUGAUCCUUUACCCAGGGAGUAUGUGCUGUACCUGAAACCCAGCGGUCUCCUCCUUAACCAGCUCUCCAGCUUUUGGCAGCAGAGUCGCAUUACAUGUGGCAAGAACAAAGCCCACAACAUCUUCCCUCACAUAACCCUCUGCCAGUUCUUCAUGUGUGAAGAUAGUAAGGUAGAUGUCCUGUGUGAAGCUCUGCAGGCAGUGGUGGGUCAGUGGAAAGGUCGUUUCCCCUCCCCACUGCCCCUGGAGUUUUACUCCUCCUCAAACUUCAUCGGCCUCUUUGUGGAAGAGAAGGUGGCUGAGGUGAUCAAGAGCUUUGCUACAGACUUUGCUACUGAAGCGGCUUCUAAAGCAGAUGUUCGUGUGGAGCCCCAUAAGAAGCAGCUUCAUGUAACUCUGGCCUACCACUUCCAAUCCAACCAUCUUGCAUCCUUAGAAAAACUUGCCAAAGGUGUAGACAUAACAUUGGGCUGUGAUUGGCAGGCUGUGCUUUUGUCACGGGACAUCCGAUUUGCCAAUCAUGAGACCUUGCGGGUGAUGUACCCCUAUGUGCCUCAGAAUGAUGAUGAACUGGAGCUGGUGCCCGGUGACUUCAUCUUCAUGUCGUCUAUAGAACAGGCCACUGCCAGUGAGGGCUGGGUCUAUGGGACCUCGAUGAGCACAGGGUUAUCUGGGUUACUUCCAGAAAACUACGUCAAUAGGGCAGAUGAGUGUGAUACUUGGGUCCUGCAUGGGUCUUUCUCAUUUCUUAACUUAUCCCCCCCAACCGAUAUCAGGGGUGCUAUGGGUGGGAUUUUUCUUGACUCACACUUGGACGGUCGUCUCUUUGAUGAUCCCAUGCCAAUGGAUCCCAACAGUCUGAGCGUUAUGUGUCAACCUAUGCAGAUCCUAUGCCCUAAUCAGUCUCGAUUGCCUAAGAGAACGUUGUUUGUGUGUCGCCAUGGUGAAAGAAUGGAUGUAGUGUUUGGGAAACACUGGAUCACUCAGUGCUUUGAUGCCAAAGGUCGGUAUGUGCGGUCAAACCUCAACAUGCCACUGAGUCUCCCAGCGAGGAGUGGGGGGUACAGGGACUAUGAUAAGGACUGUCCUAUCACUGUGUUCGGAUCCACACAGGCUCGUCUAGUCGGGGAGGCUCUCCUGGAAAGUCAUACAGUGGUAGACUUUGUAUACUGUUCCCCUUCUCUGCGCUGCGUGCAAACAGCUUAUAAUAUCCUCAGAGGUCUUCAAAAGGAUGGGAAGACUAAGAUCAGAGUUGAGCCAGGUUUGUUUGAGUGGACUAAAUGGGUGUCGGGAACCACAUUACCUGCCUGGAUCCCUCCUGCAGACCUGGCGGCUGCUAAUAUAUGUGUGGAUACAACAUACAGACCUCAUAUACCCAUCAGUAAACUGGCCGUGUCGGAGUCCUAUGAAACAUACAUCAGUCGCAGCUUCCAAGUGACGCGUGAAAUACUGUCAGAGUGCAAUAAUCUGGGAAAUACAGUGCUGAUUGUGGCCCAUGCUUCCUCUCUGGAGGCUUGUACAAGGCAGAUUCAGGGACUGACCCCACAGAACUCUAAAGACUUUGUGCAAGUGGUCAGAAAGAUACCUUACUUGGGCUUUUGUGCUUGUGAGGAGAUGGGCGAGACGGGCGUUUGGCAGCUCGUGGAUCCACCCAUCCUGCCGCUCACGCAUGGACCCAAUCACAGCUUUAACUGGAGAGAAACACUGCUGCAGGACUGAGGAGGCUCUGCAACUUUUACCCUCACUGCUCCUCCUCCAAAGGCAACAGAGACAUGCUUUCAAGUCACAUCUUCACAGACCUGCAUUGUAGCACUAUAAAAGGCUCAUGCUUCCAUAGCCACGUUCUUGCACUGCUGCAGUACACCUCAUUGGCCCUGUCUUAAUACAUAAAGCAUAAGAGCAGUAAUAUUUGUGGUAGAUUUCCAUAAUGUGCUCAAACACCAUUUGCCUAUGGCCUACUGGCCUAUAGACAAGCUGCAGCAGAACACUUGCUUCCAACUGUAGCCCAGACGAAACUAAAUAUCGGAGAGUUUCAAAGACAUACAUCAAACACAGGAUGUAAUACACGGCGAUAAACUCAGGUUUCCUGCCUCAGUGAGUUGAUGAGUCAUCCAACACUUCCAAAAUGGAUGCCGCUGGCCUCGAGUUGGGUCUCCGAACCCUUUGUAAACUCCAUUUUCUUACACUCUGUAGGGGGGAAAGACGUCUCCCUAUAUUACACUGUGAAUCAAAUAGACAUGCGCCACCUAUUGCAUCAAGAUUUCCCAAUUACACCUGGCACAAACCCACUCACCAACUCAUGAAAGCACAAGAAUAUUCUGGCAAUCAGAUAAACUGAGAUGAAGCAGCUUUAAAGUAGUUUAGAAGUGGAUUUGGUGGACAGCACAUUCGUCUUGUGCCUUGCUGUCAUGCUGCUACACUUUGCAACUAUAGGACACUUUGGGAGGACUGUUAGUUAGGGCUUAUUUGGAGAUGGUAUUUAAAGAUGUACUGUCACACUUUUCGCAUGCUAGGGGCCAUUUUAAAAGGGUGAGAUGAUAAACCCAGUAAGGACGUCAUCAAACUUUCAAAAGCAGUGCCACAAAUGGUUACAACUUCAUAAGCAGCAGCUUAAAUAAUGUUAUGUGCAGCUGUUAAGGAACAUGUUGCUGUAAGGUAAGCUUUACUUUCUGAGCACUUGAAAUAUCCAACUAAACAGGAAAGAAUGCUUCAGCAAUGUAAAGGAUUGUACAUUAAUGCGUAACGUGUCUGUAUAUACUAAGUAACAUAGUAAAAUCCAUUUGAUGUGUUUCACCUUUAAA